AUGGACUCGCAAGUGGAGUGUCAAAGCUUUGACGGGGACGGCCAGGCGCUGCGGCCGAGCCUGGAGGGGCAGCAGCAACAGCAGCCACAGCAGCAGCAGCAGCAGCAGCAGCAGCAGCAGCAGCAGCAGCCAGGAUUGGCGGCGCCUCCCUUUUCCGGCUCGCCCCUCACGCCGCCCGCGCUGCCCCUGCAGCAGAUGCAUCUGCAGCAGCGGCAGCAGCAGCAGCCGGCGCCGCCCCCGCAUGUACCAUCCCAUCAGCAGCAGCACGACCAGCAGCAGCAGCAGCAGCAGCAGCAGCAGCAGCAGCAGCAACAGCAACAGCAGCAGCAGCGGCGGCAGCCCGCGCCCGACAUCGACAGGGCGCGCAUCCUGGGUGGCCAGGCCAACCUGUGGACGGAGUACGUGCCGGACGAGGCCACAGCAGAGUACAUGCUGCUGCCGCGGCUGGCCGCCAUGGCGGAGGCCCUCUGGUCCCCGCGCGAGGCCCGCAGCUGGCCGUGCUUCCGGUGGCGCCUGGAGGGGCACGUGGAGGGGCUGCGGGCGAUGGGCUUCCGGCCACGCGCGCUGGACGACGCAGUGUAA